AUGAGAAGGUAUUCUUGCUUGUACCCGAAAGGCACAUAUCAGUACAAGCAAUUUUACUAUAGAGGAGGCAAUAACUAUAGUGAGCAAGAAUACAUUCAGAAAAAAUCGAUCGACGCAAUUCAGGAAUUUAAAACAGCCAAAAAGGAUUUAAAUCAAUCGAAAAACGAAUAUUCCACAACUGAUACUACUUUAGGAGAAACUAAUACAUAUUUAUCGAUGCUUUCUCAGUAUUUGGGCGGUGAAUCAAGUAAUGCUUACAUAGCAAUGGACUUAGCCAAAAGAGUUGAAUACCUGAUGAAUGAGCUUGAUAAAACUGAUAAGGAACUUGAAGAAGCGAAAGCCAGCGUCGCUCCUAGCAUUUAUCUACCGCUUAGUAAUGAAAAAGCUCAAUACACAACUAAAUUUAGUCUACUCAAUGAGCAAUGCAGUCAAUCUCUUGGUCGCGAAAAGCAAAGCAUGCAAAACAUCGCAAAUAUUUUAAUAUCCCAAAAAUACUCUUAUUCUAUUGAUGUUCUUGCUGAAUACGAUGUUGCUGCGAAAUGUGAUCAAUACUUAGUAAAUUUAAACAAUCAGAAAUUCGGAGAUGUAAAUCUUCUUCAACCGGAAACGCAAGCAAACGAACUUCUCAAGCAAACAACAGCAAUUAGUAGUGAUUUACAGAAAUACUCAACUCAGCAUGAAAAGAAAGUCGAAUCCGAUAUAAAUAACAAACUUUCGAAAUUACAUGAGCAAAAUGUCAUUCAAACAUUAAUAAAACAGCUCGAAGACUUCAAGAAAUACUGCAAAGGUACUGUUGAUAUUGAAAAAGUUACUGAAUACAUGGAAUCUGAUCAAGAAGAAGAUCCAAAUUUAGAUUUAAGUCAAUUCUUCAAGGAUGAUGAAGAAAAUGAUGAAGAGGAAGAAAGUGAAGAACAAAAAUAUAAGUCUAAGCGCACAAUUUUGAAAUAUCGUCUGAUUCCGAUGUCAAAUUUCAGAAUUAGAGCUAAAGUAUUCGAAAAAAGGAACAAAAAGUCAUCAAAUGAAGGAGAUGAUGAUGAAUACGAGAUCGAUGAGAAUGGAAAUAGAAUCAGAAAGAAGAAAUCAAGAACAAAAUCGAGAGAUCUGAAACCAUCAGGAAAUGAUUUGUGGGGAGAAGAAUUUCCAUUCAAAGUCCAAGUUGGAGAAGAUGGAAAAGUCGUCCACACAAGAAAGAAAGCAAAUCCUUUGUCUCUGAGAAGGUUUGUUACUAAACAAAUGAGUCCUUUGUUCCAAAGAAUUUCGCACAAAGAUGUUUUGUCUGAUGACGAAUACGACGACAUAGUUGAGGAUACAAGAAAAGAACUUGAGAAGGCAAAUGACUCAAUUUUAGCAAAAGACCCUCAAGUAGAGGAUUAA